UAGAAAAUGUUCUAGGCCUCACUCUUGACAUGAGAAUGCUUGAAAAAGAGAAGUUAUGUGGACCAUUUGAGGUGAAAACAGAUGCAUUGAGCAUGAUGGACAAUCUAAUGCUACUACAACUCUAUUAUGUGCAAAUCAGAGGGUCUUAUGAGAAUUUUCCAGAACAAUUAAGAUGGCUAGUGAUGCAUGGGUUUCCUUUAAAGUCUAUUCCAUCAAACUUACCAAUGAAGAAUUUGGUUUCUCUUGACAUGUCAUACAGCAAUAUUGAAUCAUUUGGUGUUUGUUAUAGCAAUACACGACUUCAGAAUUGGCAAAAGUGGUUAUUUGGAUCGUGCUCAAAAGACAAAAGGCUGCUUGGAACACUGAAGAUUCUUAAUUUAAGUUUCUGUGAAAAGCUUUCUAGUCUAGGCGGAUUUGAAGAACUCCCUUCGCUUGAGAAGCUAAUAGUUACAAAUUGCAUUGGUUUGGUUAAAGUAUGUGAAUCAAUUGAGGCAUGUGUUAAACUUGUUCUCAUUGACCUGCGGUACUGCAGCAAACUUGAAAAACUUCCAAAAACCAUAGGCAUGUUAAAGAAGGUGAAAACUUUAUUGCUAGAUGGUUUAAUCUGUGUGAAUCUCAUAUCGAGAUUAGGAAUACGGAUUCAUUGAAAAUGCUCAAGGGUAACAGUAUUGGCAUAAACACAAAAACCUCUUCCUCUUCCGUUCUUGAAGCUAUACCAAGUUAUCGAAAGUUCUUUGCGACUUUUAUACCAAUAUCUUUAGCAUGCUUGUCACUUGUAAGUAAUAAUUUGUCAACUGAAUCCUUUCCCGUUGACUUUAGUCGGCUAUCUAUGUUAAAGGAUUUAUAUUUAGAUGAUAAUCCUAUUGUUUCCCUGCCAAAUUGUGUGAAAAGCCUUCCUAGGCUUGAGAGACUUGAUAUGAGAAACUGUAUAUCUCUUAGUUCACUUGAGCAUCUUCAAUAUACAACAAGAGAGUUGAUCAUCUAUUUUGAUUACAAGCCUUUUCCACGAAAAACUAUAUUUGAUCUAGAAAAGUCCACACCUGAUUUCACAAUAGACUGGGAAUCGUUAGAACCAUCUUCAUUUGAGUUCGAAGGUGUAAUCAAAAUCCAACCAAUGGCAGGUGUAGCGGAAAGGGUGUUACGUAGUUUAGGGUGGACUAAUUUAGACUUCCUUAAUGGAAGGCAAGUUCGAACUAAUUUUUAUUUUAGAGGAUCAGAGGAAUCUCAAAUCCAGAUGUAUUAUGAAUUUGGCAUAUUCAGCACAAUUUAUGGGGGGAAACAGAUGCCGAAUUGGAUUCAUUGUAGAAGCAAGGGGCCAUUAAUAUCAUUUACCAUUCCAUCAUCUCCUUACAACUUCAGAGGAUUGAAUUUCUGCUAUGUGCAGGGUUAUCUAUUUCCAAAUCAGUUUGUUGAUUUACCAAUAAUCAAAGUUAGUAAUUUAACAAAGAAUGGCACCUGGAUAUAUAGACAUUACAUUGAUGGUGCGAGUGUAGGUGGACAGGCACGGUCCCUGACAUUGUUAAGCCAUUGGAUGUUUGGGAUAAAUGAGAUGGAAGCUGGUGACCAUGUUACUAUUACAGUUACAGAGCCCUAUAAUCAACUUACAAAGGAGUGUGGGGGUGAGUUUAAUGUAUGAUGAUGGAAACAUGGAUGAAGAUGAAGAUGGAGAUAAAGGUGAAGAUGAAGAGGAAGAUGUGUUAGGUUAUUACAAGUCAUGGAAUCACAUCAUUGGUGGAGAUCUCACUGGAUUUCAGUUAACAUCCGGUGAAUACAUCCUAGAUGCCUGGCAAUUUAUGCGGAAUUCCGCUGAACUAAGAGUAGAUCGCUAUCAUCCCUUCAUUACAGGUGGUGCCAGCUUUAAAGAAGACGAAGUGCGCUUUAGAGCUUUAGCGCGAAGGAAGUACCACCUACUUGGUCAUCACUCAUGAAUGUGAGAUCAUCAUCCUCGUUAUUCUUUUGUUAAGACGCAUCAUGUUCACCUUGAACCAAGUCGUUUUGGAAGUGCAUCAAUGGUGGGAGCCGCACGGCUGUUAAUAUAUUAUCAUUCAAUGAAAAGCUAGUUGGUAAAAGAAAAUGAACAAUAAUGUUGGUAUUUAAUGGAUUCUCAACUCAGUCUCAAAGGAGAUCUCACCAAGCAUCAUCUUUUUGGAAUCUGCUCAUUAUAUAUGGAAGGAAUUGAAGGACUGAUUUCGGCCAAGCAAUGGUCCUCAGAAUCUUCAAAAUCAAAAGAGAUCUUAUGAAUUUUAUGCAAGAACUUGAUUCUGUAAGUAAUUACUUCACAAAACUAAAGGUCAUUUAGGAUGAAGUGUCAAAUUUUAAUGUUCAUUGUACUUGUGGACUUUGUACUUGUGGUGCGGCAAAGGAAGCUGACCAAACUAAGAGUUUCUUAAUGGGGUUUAAUGACACAUUUUCUCAAUUUCUAGGCCAAAUACUCUUAAUGGAUCCAAUUCCACCUGUUAAUAAAGUCUUCUUACUCAUCAUAUAAGAAGAACGACAGAGGAAUAUGUGUGGUGAUUUUAAUGUUAUCAAAAUAUAUUAGUGUAGUUAUUCUUAAUAUUGAGAUAUGUUGAGUUUAUUUACUCACAGAGACCGGAGUUGAACAGUGCACAUUCGGAGUAAUAAAUGUAAACUCGGGAAUACGGGGGUCCGAGAGCAGCGACCUUGGCAGGGUCUAGGGGCAAUGCCCCUUGCGGGGGUCUAAGGGGCAGAGCCGGUGGUGGUGGUUCUGCUAUCUCUCAAAACAAGUGGUGAAAUCAUUGUGAUGUAGGAAUCGGUUGUGUCCUAUAACAACCUUUCAAGCUACCUACCGGGGUUGGCACCAAAAUGGAUGUAACCACCAUUUAACCACUUUCUCUCAUGUAUAAGAGCACAGUGAAUGUUCCAUAAAUGGAUUAGAUUCUCUAUACUCAAAAAGUGAUCAUCUAAUUCUCUCCAUCUCUCAAAAAACAAAAUAGCAAGGUACUUUCUA